CGAGGCACCAUCACUAGGAAAACAAAUAUGGCGGAUCUGUAAGCAAAGUAGAAAAAGUGUAAAAUUUCGGAAAUAAUUGUAUAUUAAACAAUCGAAAAUUCCCAUUUUUGCUAACCAAAAUGAAAAUGUGGCUACGUUUAUGAGGCCCAAUGGGAUUACAUUACCGAAUCGGCGACAAUUUGUUGUAUGUGGAGUGUAUUUUCUGGGUGUCGUGUCGCAAUGCGCCCAAUUGUUAUUACGUGACCUCGGAAACGCCGCAAAAGAUAGUUUGCACAAAAACAGCAAGCAGAAGCAAAAACAAAUAUCGUUCAGCAUUUGCAUUCAGCAAACGAAAAGCGCACCCAGUCAAUUUAAAUCCAGUGCGAAGGGCGGACUUAUACGCAGUAAAGUAACUUGUGCUAAAAUUAUUUUGUCUUGGCCCCUAAGUACAAAUUGCCGCUUAAAUAAAAACACAAAUACCAUUGCAAGUGAAACAGAACGGGCAUCCAUUGAGAUGCAAAUGUAAUGUGAAAUAUCACAUUAAAUAGAAAGACCAAAUUAACGAAAAAAAAUGUCUGGGGGUCGCGACAGCAGCACUAGUGGCACCAGCAGUGGCAGCAACUCCACCACAUCAGCAGCCACAUCUCCAGCGUUAACCCAAAGACAACGUGGUCGUCCGGCCAAGAGGGCCACCUGCACCUGGUGCGGCGAGGGAAAGCUGCCCCUGCAGUACGUUUUGCCCACCCAGACGGGGAAAAAGGAGUUCUGUUCGGAGACGUGCAUUGCCGAGUUCCGCAAGGCGUACAGCAAAGGGGCAUGCACCCAAUGUGACAAUGUGAUCAGGGUUGGAGCACCCAACAAGGAAUUCUGCUCGAUUAUGUGCAUGAACAAGCAUCAGAAGAAGAACUGCUCAUCUAGGCAUGGCUGUGGUGGGGGGUCAGGCGGUGGCAAGGGUCUACCCGAAAGCGAGCGAAAAUUGCUGAGCAGUGGAGCGCCCGCCCCUGCAGGCCCCUUCCAGUAUGAAAGCUUUCAUGUCUUCGACUGGGAUGCCUACCUGGAAGAAACUGGCAGCGAAGCCGCCCCUGCGGAGUGCUUUAAACAGGCCCGGAAUCCGCCCAACAAUGAUUUCAAGAUUGGCAUGAAACUGGAAGCCCUGGAUCCACGUAAUGUCACCUCCACCUGCAUUGCCACAGUCGUGGGGGUUUUGGGAUCCCGACUUCGGUUGCGUCUCGAUGGCAGCGACUCGCAAAAUGACUUUUGGCGCCUGGUAGACUCCACAGAAAUCCAUGCCAUCGGUCACUGCGAGAAGAACGGUGGCAUGUUGCAGCCACCGCUCGGAUUCCGAAUGAAUGCAUCUAGCUGGCCUGGCUACUUGUGCAAAAUCCUCAUCAACGCAAUGGUAGCGCCCGAGGAAAUCUUCCAGCCAGAGCCGCCAUCGCCGGAGGAGAACCUCUUCAAAGUUGGCCAGAAACUGGAAGCGGUUGAUAAGAAGAAUCCGCAAUUAAUCUGCUGCGCCACUGUCGAUGCCAUCAAGGAUGACCAGAUUCACGUGACGUUCGAUGGAUGGCGUGGGGCCUUCGACUAUUGGUGCAACUACCGCUCCAGAGACAUCUUUCCCGCUGGGUGGUGUGCCCGCAGCUGUCAUCCCAUGCAACCGCCGGGCCACAAGUCCCGAAUGGACUCCAGUUCGAGCAAGCAACGUUGCGCACGUCCCCGCUACACUGUUGUCACCGAAUCGGAAGCCAUGGUCCCCGCCUCCCCGGCCACCGCCCACUUCCAUCCGAACUGUAAGGGCGGUCCGUUUAUCAACAACUCGAAGCUGCCGUGCAUGGUGACGGGACCGACGUAUCAAACGCUGGCCAAGCUGUGCCUGCAGGAAAUCCUAGCUGCAAGCACGGAUACACAGCAGCUGUCCAAGCUGCUAUUCGCCUUAGAAGGAGACGUGCACAUUGUGACUGCGGCAGGAAAGAAUUUCACAGUUAAAAUCCCAUCGCCGAUGCACAUGAAGGACGACGAGAGUCUGGCCCAGUUCAUCGAGACGCUGUGCACCACAUGCCGGGCAUGUGCCAAUCUCAUUUCGCUCGUCCACGAGACCGAAGAAUGCAAGAAGUGCGCCCAUAGCAGAAAGCGUCAGCUGAUACAAUCGACUACGCCUCCCUCAUCGCCCGUGCUUUCGGAUAAACGGAAUCGGCCAUCCUCUGACAAGGUGUUGAUCAAACAAGAAACGGGGGCAAAAUCUCCGUCGGAUAUGAAGCCCAAACCCCUGCCGAAUAAUGGGAAAGAGCAUACGAAUCCAAAGAAUCAGAAUACUCAAAAUAGCCAGAACAACGGGAGCGAAAGUAAACCCAGUGCGAAGGUGGUCAUCAAAACAGAACCCAACGGCGUGACUGGCGGAGGGACAUCCACCACAACGCAAGCUUUGCGCAAAGUACGCUUCCAGCAUCACACAAACAACAACAAUAGUAUCAUCAACAAUGGAAACACAGAGAUAAAGCAAACCACGACUGUGAGCAAUUCUUCGUCGCCAUCGUCGACUACAAGUUUGGCGGCGGGUGGGACAGCUAAUGCAAGUUCUAUUGGAAAGUACCUGGCUCCACUGGUGGCCGAAGUGCAUCCAGAACAGAUUAACGUGAAGCCCUCAAACAGCUAUUACAAAUCUCCCACAACACUCUCCUCCAGCGCCUCGUUGCCAACAUCUGUGUCUACUCCGUUCACAGGCUGCCAGUCGGCCUCAUCCACUGCACUGGCUGCAGGGGGAGUGACGGCACCCAAAGCAGCCACAGCGCCGGCCGGGGCAGCUGCAACGUCAGCUUCCAGCAGCUACACAGCGAUUACCUCGCCCCUCAGCGCACCCUCGUCUGCAUCUUCUUCGCAUCUGCGCUCUCAGCCCAUCGACUGGUCUAUUGAAGAAGUCAUUCAGUAUAUCGAGAGCAAUGAUCACUCGCUAUCAGUCCACGGGGAUCUCUUUAGAAAGCAUGAAAUCGAUGGAAAAGCAUUAUUAUUGCUUAACUCGGAAAUGAUGAUGAAAUACAUGGGUCUAAAGCUGGGACCAGCCUUAAAAAUCUGCAAUUUAGUCAAUAAGGUAAACGGUCGUCGAAAUAAUCUGGCACUAUAAAUGAAGCUUCAAGAUAAAGAUAAAUAGCAUAUACGGAAUGAAGCAGCUCCACAUAGCAGGAACACUGUUGACAAAUUGACAAAUUUUAAAUUCUAUAAUUUAUUUUCUGUAAUUUAUGAAGACAGUUUAUUUCUAUAAUAUAUAGAAUGAUGCACGAAAACCCUUAGAAUUCUUUAUAUAAAACAGCUGCAAAUUGGAAAUAUAAUAUUGUUUUCUUUUGCGUUAAAAGCAUGUUAACAUUUAUAUGCAGUUGUGAUCGAAAUAUGUACUCUCAAAACAUGAUUUUAUUGAAAAUCAAAAACUAAUCAACUGCCAACCAUUUCCACUCCUUGCAGUAACAAAACUUUCAAAAAGUAUUGUUCCUUAAUCAUUAAAUGCAAUAGAAAAACUCCAAACAUUUUGAAAACUAGAACCCUGCUACUCAAAAAUGCAUUGCACAUUUAUAUUACAUAUUUAUUAAACACAAAGACGCACACACUAAGCAUCCCACAUUUACAAAAUUUUACAACAAUACGAUUAUAACUAGGUUUAAAGCGAAACAAACACAAAAGUUUGGAAAUAUUGUAAAUAAUUUACAUACAUAUAUAAUUUUGUAAUAAUAAAACAUUUAUUGGGUGUUUAACUAACGAAUUCUGUGAAAGGAAUUGUCUGUUGACUAAACAAACUAUGAAAUGUUAAUGUUUUAGUUACAAAAUAAACUACGCAUUAAGGUCCUUCCUUUCCACAUACUAAUGAUGUAAAGUAUAGCAAUUUGUCUCUCAUUAUUAAAUGAGAUGGUUCACUUCGAACCACUUACACAUUCAAAAUUAAAAGAUAAACGAAACCCCUGUAUAUAUACGAUUACACAUAAUUAAAAAUGAAUAAACUACCAAGA